CCUUGACACAACCCAGGAAAUUUCCAAAAAGGGCGCCUCAAUAACCAACACACAUAUCACGGAUUCUUUGUACAUACUUGACCGCCCCCUUCUGAAGAUUUGCAUUUCCCUCGACUUUUUGUGGGCCACCAUAAUAAUAGCGACAAAAUGGCGCAGGCAGGCGGAUCGUACAAUAAUCCGUUGAAGAAGUUCAAAUUGGUAUUCCUCGGAGAACAAAGUGUUGGGAAAACGUCCCUUAUCACCCGUUUUAUGUACGACUCCUUCGACAACAUGUACCAGGCGACAAUAGGCAUCGAUUUCCUGUCAAAAACCAUGUACCUUGAAGAUCGAACUGUGCGAUUACAGUUAUGGGAUACGGCAGGUCAAGAACGGUUCCGGAGUCUGAUUCCAUCAUACAUUCGAGAUUCCAGCGUGGCUGUGGUGGUUUAUGAUAUUUCAAAUGCGAAAUCUUUCCAGAACACGCGGAAAUGGGUAGAUGACGUUAGAGGAGAGCGAGGAAACGAUGUGAUCAUUGUUCUAGUGGGUAACAAAACGGAUUUGAAUGAUAAGAGAGAAGUCACAACACAGCAGGGAGAAGAGGAGGCGAAGAAGAACAACCUGAUGUUUAUCGAAACGAGUGCGAAGGUGGGACAUAACGUCAAGAAUCUGUUCAGGAGGAUAGCUCAGGCUCUGCCUGGAAUGGAAGGCGCCGAGGGAGCCGCAGCGGCCGGAAACCAGAUGAUCGAUGUCAACAUCAAUCCAGCGCCUGCAAACCAAGAAGGUUGUGCUUGUUGAGAAGCAGAAUGAGAAACAUUCACUUCGUCGUCUUGUUUUAUAGGAAAAUUUCAGGGAUAUGAGCAUAGUUCAGCGUUUUGGCAGCAUUCGGUGUUGUAUGAUUGAUACCAGCAGCGGGCGCACGCAAUAAUGUAGUUAAUAUUAACAAAAUCGACUGGUUGCUCGUCUAUUCAUUCUGUGUUGAUCGUAGUGGGUCCUCGAAGAAAAGGCUGCUGAGGAUGACUUACGAAAGAAAAUCAGGAGUAUCGAUAAAUGGCAAUUCACGUGAAAAUACAUAAGAUGAAGACCAG